GACUAUAUACCUAUAAGAAGUUUGAUGAGAGCAGUGUGCCUUUGUCCAUAUGUUCGAGCAAUUGACUCAGGACUCGUCGCUUUUUGCCGAGCGCAAGAUAUUUCGUCGUAUUUGACAGAUAAACGUUUCAUCGAUAAGGAACUUCACUGCUUAUUGGAGACAGGGGAGUGCGAUGGAUUUGGAAAACAAGUAAAACGUAUUCUGCCCGUAGUACUCAAGGAUAAUUGUCGCCGUUGCACUUUGCAGCAGAAAAUAAAUCUACAGAGAUUGAUACAAUUUCUACAAUCGCGAUAUCCCACGCAAUGGCGCACGAUCAAAGGAAUGUACACUUCACCAACUCAUUUCAAUGAAAACAAAUAGUUUGUUUCUUUAUUUCGAAGAUGAUUAUAUGAUGACGUGGAUAUUGAUAAAAAUUAAUUCAUUAAAACAUGUGUGUUAAAUCAUGUUAAAUAUA